CGACAGUACCGAAAAGUGGAUGUGGGUAAGUGUUUCCAAUUCCUAAAAGUGGAUGCACGGCGCUGCUCUACGGCCUAGAAAAAGCGUCCCACGAAAAUCGCCGGCAUUGCCUCUCUUAGGCUUCUCUCUGGCUGCACUCUCUCGCGGAGAAACCUCUUUCUCAUGUUUCAAAGUUAAAGCCAUCAUCGAUAUGGUAUCUUCGUGGUGUUACUUUAUUUUACCGAUGGUCUUGCUCAUCGGCUUGCUCCGCAAGUGUCGCGAACGCAUUUGGGGAAGAUGUAAAAGUACGAGCAAUCUGCAAGGCCAGGUAUUUCUCGUGACGGGUGCGAAUUCUGGCAUUGGUAAAGAGACAGUAAAAGAAUUGGCUAAACGGAAAGCUACAAUCAUCAUGGCUUGUAGGGACAUACAGAAUGCAAAGAAUGUCAUAGUUGAAAUACGGAGUAAAAUAUCUACCGGCGAAUUGAUUCCAAUGGAGCUGGAUCUUGCAUCUUUCUCAUCCAUCAGAAAAUUUGCCGAUAAAGUGCUAAAAGAUUUUCCUCAUAUUCAUGUAUUGAUUAAUAAUGCCGGUGUAUAUGCGCCGCUCAAAGAUCAUGCAUUAACAAAAGAUGGUUUCGAAAUUCAUUUUGGAGUAAAUCAUUUGGGCCAUUUUCUGCUUACCAAUUUACUUUUGGAUCGCCUGAAGCAAAGCGCUCCCAGCAGAAUAGUGGUAGUAACGUCUAAGCUUCUGGAAUCUGGAGUAAUAGACUUUUCAAAUUUAAACAGUGAGAAAGGAUUGUCAGCGAAAAGUAGGAUGAAUCCUGGCUAUUAUAAUUCAAAACUUGCUAAUGCAUAUUUUGCUGCUGAACUUGCAAAACGAACGGAAAAUAUUGGUGUUAAUGUCUAUAUGGUAUGUCCUGGAUUUACCUACACUGGUUUAUUUAGGAACGUGAAGAGAAGCUGGUUUCACUAUAUUAUUUUUUCACCUGUUGCUCUCAUGUUUCUACGCACUGCAAAUCAGGGUGCGCAAACAGUAUUACAUUGCGCAACGGAAUCGUCAUUGAGCAAAGAAAGUGGACAUCUAUAUCGCGAUUGCAAACUUUAUAUCUCUAAAAAGGAUUUAGACUCUGAAGUAGCACUUCGUUUAUGGGAUAUAAGUACUAAAUUGACUGGCAUAAAGGAUAUAAUGAAAUAAAUAUUUUAGAAUACA